AGCUAGGUUUGUUAAUUAGUUGCGAUCUUGGUGGUUCCAUCGUCUGGUGUUCUGAGACACGCGCGAGAUCGAGGGCGAAGAGCAGAGGAUCGAUGGGAGCCCCGCAGAGCAAGCCGAAGCCGAAGCCGAAGCCGCCGGCGAUGACUCUGGUGCCGCAGCCCUUCGACUUCCCUCCCGACGCCGCCCGCACCAGGAUGGCGGUGCCGGCGUACGAUCUCAUGUUCGGGAAGCUCUCGCUGCGCCGCCUCUUCGACGACUACUACCCUCGGCAGCCUGGGAUGAACGUUGACGCUCAGGUCCUGCUAAAGCCGCCGCGAGAAGCUCACCUCCAUCUCACCGCCACCAUGUCUAACAAUAACGGGGAGGCUCUGUUGCGGUGGCAGAGGGACUUGGAUGAUCCUCAUAGCUUUGUGGACCUUCUUAUGUCGUCCUCAAAAUCUAUGUUGCAGCUGAGGUCGUGUGCUUACUAUCCUAAGUACGGUAUCGGCGCAUUUGGGACGUUCCCUCUGCUUAUGGAAAACAGGGCGUGUUCAAAGGACUAUGGUGUCAUGGGUUUAAGAUAUGCUUCAGAGAAUCUAUCAGUUGGAGCGUCGUUUGUUCCGUUUCCUUCGCCCGAUGAAGUACCAUAUGGUGCAUGGUUAGUUGGUAGAAAAGGAAGGUUCAGUGGAGGGCUACAAUAUAAGCCACUUGUAGCUGGAAGAAGGCAAUAUAUGCCAUAUACAGACUUGAAGAACUGGAAUUGUGCGAUCAGCUAUGGCACAGGCUCAACUAGCCCACUCAGUCAUUCAUUCAUGUGUACACUAGAGCUUAUCGGAAGUGCGCAGCUGGUUGCAUCAGCCUAUCAACGCCAUAUUCUUCAAAGAAGGGAAAAUGACCAUCUUGGCGAUGAUCAUAUUAUCGGAGCCUUAGGCUACGUUGAUUUUGGGCUUGAGCUGGCGACAAGAGUGGAUAAAGACAAACCAGCAGAUAGUGCCGAUAAAUCCUUGUUUCAGUUAGCUGCAAGUUUCCAACCUAAUUCGUACUUACUAGUAAAGGGGAAGUUAGGUAUGUCCAAAUAUUCUGCAGCUUUGGUGUGCAAGCUUCCACCCUACUUCAGAUUAAGUGUCACAGCUGAAAAUGACCGUUCGAAGGGUACAUCAUAUGGACUUGGAAUCUGUAUCGGGGAGUUCAUGGAACCCUGUUACCACACAAUCAAUUCAGACGGGACAGUCUUGACAAAAACUGAAGAGAGAUUUGAUGGGGAGAAGACAAAGCGCACGUUCCAAUUUGAUCGUGAUGCCGAGGAAUUUGAUAAUUUACCAGCAGAGAUGAAACCUAUUGACAAAAUACUGUAACCACAAGUUGUUGCACUCAUCGCGUAAAUCUUAGUUCAAAACCAUCGUACAAAUAUAUUCCAUCCAAUUCAAUUAUUUAUCGCUGAUUCACAUGUAUAUAUCUAGAGAUAUAGUGUUAUUCACUUGUUUGUGCGACAAGUAAUAUGGGUCAAAUGGAGUAGCUUUUUAUUCCUAGAACUUGUAAUAUUAUUUUUGGAUACGUAGAAGAAUGUCCUUUUUCCUGUCAAUGGACUUCAUGCAACGAUGUUAAUCACUCACUACAUGAAAUCUGGAUUUUGUCGUGUGCCUGAAGAUUUGCCGUGA